AUCUUCAGGUGUGUGCUCUGAGAUGUAAACAGGAAGUGACGUCAGCGGCUUUUGGAGAAAAGAAGCACGCGCGCGAAGUGAUGUGAAUUAAUAUUUGUAGGCAUUUCUCUGUGCUAUAUACCCUCAGUAGUGUGCACUCUUCAGAGAUCAGGAGAUGGCUCAUAUCACACUGAACCAGUACCUGCAGCAGGUUCUGGAGGCCAUAGAGAGCAGAGACGGCUCCUUCUGCGCAGAGAUGCUGUCCUUCAAGCAUCCACACGUGGCCAACCCUCGCCUGCAGUUGCCCAGUCCAGAGGAGAAGUGUCAGCAGCUGCUGGAGCCGCCGUAUGAUGAGAUGGUGGCCGCUCAUCUCAGAUGUACGUUUGCAGUGUCCAAUCAUGACUUUGUGGAGGCCUACAAAUGCCAGACGGUGGUGGUUCAAUCAUUUCUGAAGGCGUUUCAAGCUCAUAAAGAGGAGAACUGGGCGCUGUCCAUCAUGUUUGCUGUGACCCUUGACCUCCGGGUAUUCGCCAAUAAUGCGGAGCAGCAGCUGCAGCAGAAGGGCAAAGGAAAGGUUGGAGAUAUGCUGGAGAAAGCGGCGGAGCAACUGAUGAGCUGCUUCAGAGUGUGUGCCAGCGACAAUCGCGCUGGCAUUGACGACUCUAAGAAAUGGGGAAUGUUGUUUCUGAUCAAUCAGCUCUUCAAGAUCUAUUUCAAAAUCAAUAAGCUGCACCUGUGUAAGCCGCUCAUCCGCGCCAUCGACAGCUCCAACCUGAAGGAUGAGUACAGCAUGGCUCAGCGCGUCACCUACAAAUACUACGUGGGCAGGAAGGCCAUGUUCGACAGCGACUUCAAACCAGCUGAGGAGUGUCUGUCCUUCUCCUUCACCCACUGCCAUCGUUCCUGCCAGAGGAACAAGCGGCUGAUCCUCAUCUACCUGCUGCCCGUCAAGAUGCUGCUGGGUCACAUGCCCACACCCCAGCUGCUGAAGAAAUAUGACCUCAUGCAGUUUGCUGAUGUCACUAAAGCUGUCAGCGAGGGGAAUCUGCUGCUGCUGAACGCCGCUCUGGUCAAACACGAGACGUUCUUCAUCCGCUGCGGGAUCUUCCUCAUCCUGGAGAAGCUGAAGAUCAUCACCUACAGGAACCUCUUCAAGAAAGUUUAUCAUCUCCUGAGGACUCAUCAGCUUCCUCUGGCUGCGUUUCUGGUGUCGCUGCAGAUGAUGAAGGUGGAGGACGUGGACAUCGACGAGGUGCAGUGCAUUCUGGCCAACCUCAUCUACAUGGGUCACAUUAAGGGCUAUAUUUCCCAUCAGCACCAGAAGCUGGUGGUCAGCAAGCAGAAUCCCUUCCCUCCGCUGUCCAGCAUCUCCUGAACUCCAUCUCCCAGAAUGCACCAUCACAAACACACACUGAUCCUCAGAGCUUCAGAGCUUUAUGUUCUCCAUCUUCUUCUGAAUAUUGUCAAAUAAACAUGUUUUGUACA